GUCUGCCCGGGAAGAGACCUCCCGGCUAGCCUCAGUCUCCGGGAUGCUGGGGGCGGCGAUCGUGAUUCUACCCCCAUUUCAUCGUGUUCUGAUAACAUAGAGUCUGUCUCACUCGUUCGCUCGCUCGCUCACUCUUACUCUCUCUCUCUCUCUCUCUCUCUCUCUCUCUUUCUUCGUCGUUCUAUCCUCGCGCAUUCGCUUGACUUUAUCCCUAUUUCUCUCACUCUCUCCUAGCAUUCUCUCUCUCUCUCUCUCUCUAUUUUCAUCCCUUCCAUAUAUAUCCUCUCUCUCUCUCUCUCUCAUUCUCUUUCUCUCUCUCUCUCUCUGCUUCCAAUUCUGUGUCCCCUUGCGUGGUCUAUCCCUUCUCCGUCUCUACGCUUCACACCCUUUUCCUCCGCCGAAGCCUGGGUGCAGUCACCGCGAGUACCUUCAACUAACCACCUCCAGCAGAACAACGAAACGAACGGACUUAAAAAAGAAUCUCUCUUUUAAAAAUCAUUUACGAUACGCGCAAAAUAGAUAAAGAAGGCAAUUUGCACGAUGGACGGUGGCGGAGAUUGUAAAGUCGCCACCGUGGAAGUUGAGGCGGCAGCCGCGGGUGACAACACGGCAACUCUUCCGGUCACGAGGCCUUUAAAUCCGCAAAAUUCGCCGCCUAACGCGCAGGACAACGCAGAGAAGAACAACGCGGCGAAUAAAGAAAUGGAGCUGAAGAAUGUACGAUCUACGCCAGCGAAAAAAACGUCGCUCUUCAUCAUCAUGAGCUUCAUUUAUGCGAAGUUACUGGUCGUGGUGUGCAUCGCUUAUGUUAUAAGCGAAGUUGUAACGCACAAAUUGCCGCUCUACUAUUAUGAAGGAUUUUUCACGUAUCUCUAUGGUGCGAGCAUACUCUUCCUUCUCUACGUAUUCUGCUUCCUACUUCAAGAGAGCGCCUGCUGUGCGCGCGGCAGUGAUACACCGCCACCACCACCGAGGCCACCUAAACCGCCAAAGGAGCAGAAGGAUAAGAAGGACAAGAAGGAUAAAGAUCAAAAAGCUGCAAAGAAUAAGAAGGAUUUUCAGGAUGCUGCAGACGUGGAAGCUGGUGUUGCAACGCGCGCAUUGCGAAAACGAAAAACUUCUCAGAACGAUCACAGUCACGGAAGUUUUUUCCUUCGAAUCGGUGCCAUAGCAUUUGGUUUGGGUACAAUGAUCUACAAUGGAUUGGAAUUCGGAGCAUUUUUUGAGGUACCACCGACUUCACCCUGUUAUCAAAUACUUCAGGGUGUCAAUCCUGUUCUUCAAAUGAUCUUCACGUUCAUGCAAAUGUACUUCAUCUUUAUGAAUUCCAGGUUAAACAUUCAUCGAUUCAAAGUAAUUGCACGAUUUGGUUUGAUGCACGUCGUCGCUACGAAUCUUUGCGUUUGGAUAAGAACAUUGGUACUUGAGAGUCUCAAAGAAAUCACCCAGUAUCAUCAACGAUUAGGACAAGAGGAGGCCGGAAUUUUAGAGAGUAUAAAACAACAUUCGUUGAGAAACGCUGGAGCAAUCUUAGGUACAGAACCUAGAGACAUGGCCCAGUUACGGGACACGCCGUUGCAUUCGAUUGUCAAAACAACGUCGGUAGCUUCGACCUUGAUACCGACAACAGCAGAAUCUCUUACACGAGCGAUGAGAACCACUGUCAAAGCAAUCCCAAGAGUAGCGACUACUUUAUCUACGGCAGCUUCUACGGCCUUCAUGACCUCACCAUCUGCGACACAGAGUACUACAACUACCACGACCACAACGACAACGUUUUUGCCCAAUUUGACGACUACAGCCGCUACUACGUUAUCCACUUUGUUGACUACUUUGACUACGAGAAGUACCACCACCGAAAGAACGAUUACACCGAGUACAACGCCAUCCACUACUACACCGACGACUACGACCACUACAACAACAACAACGACUACACCAGCUUCCAUUUUGUCGAAUGCUUUCGGUGAUAUCUUUGAUUCAUUUCAGGCUGACACCAAAGAUCAGGUACACGAAGUAUUUUAUGUUAGCAAUACGACGAACACAAGCGAUUACUGGAGCCAGAAUCUUGGCUUUUAUGCGGAAGCUUUGACGGAGGAUGGCAUGAUAACAAACUCAUGUGGUCGCGUCAACAUCAUGGGUACUAUCGUCCAAGAUGCAGCACCCUAUUUGUUCCCCUUCAUUAUCGAGUAUAGCCUGAUCGGUGCCGCUGUGAUAUACGUCAUGUGGAAACACAUCGGUAGACACCCACGUUGGCCUCAUCAAGCGGAAGCCGAUCUCGAGCGUCGUCUGGAAGUCAUGCUUUCGAGAAGGGCAGUAGCCCUGGCACAUGCAGGACACGCCAGAGUGGACUGCGUCGGGGCAAGCAAGGGUCUAUUCUUUGGUCUGCUGCUACUGGUUGGUUCGUUGAUCUGUCUGAUACUCUUCUUCGUCCUGAUACAUCACUCCGAGCUUGGACUUUUGGCGAUUUAUCUGGCUGACGUUUCCCACUGCGUUUUGAUGGCUCUAUCGAUCGUCGCUAUUAUCGUCGGUUUCAUACGUGUCCAAAGUCUCAAGUUCAAGGCCGAAGAACAGAGCGAUUUGAAUGACAUACUUUUACGUGUCUCGGCUUUUGGACUCUUCGUUUAUGCCGUUUUCAGUGUGAUCGCUGGUUCCUUGGCGGCAUUUACCCACGAACCAAAUCUUUUGGUGAUGGUUACUGGCCUUCUCUCGGUAGCCCAGGUUGUCCUUCAGAUGUUAUUCAUCGCCGAUGUCUCACGUAGGCGGGUACACCUACCCGAACACGAUCGCAGCAAGCCAGGACGUCAAGUGGUCACCUUCCUUCUCAUUUGCAACGUAACCAUGUGGGUCAUUUAUACCUUUGAGAUGCAAAAGGUCAUCGCUAAUCCCGUACAACUUGACUUUUAUGGAUUCCUCGCUUGGGCUAUCGUUCAGAGAGUUACAUUACCUCUCUGCAUAUUUCACAGGUUCCAUAGCGCCGUAACGCUCGCUGAAAUCUGGAAGACAAGCUACAAGGCACGUCUCGAGUAAAUAACUGAGAAAUAAAACGUUUCUCGAUGUGUCAUUAUAUUGUCAGCUAGAGAAAGAAGAAGGAGAGAGAGAGAGAUAAAGUGAAAGAGAGAGAUUGACAGAGAGACAGACAGACAGAGAGAGAAUAUUUAGAAAGAAAUUGAUAAAGAGACAGA